AUGCGAGCACGGGGAGAAUGGGCAUUGAAGAGCGAGGCUGGGACCUGUGCGGAGCUGCUGCAGUCGAGCAUCCACGGCCAGAAGAGAGACGAUGGGAAACUCGCUUCGAUGGCUGGCUACAGCCGCAGCAGCUAUCUCAUCAAGCUCUGCUCACGCUCCAGCCAACAGAGUCGGCUGUACAUCUCCACGGCUGUGGAGUCCAGUGGAGCCUGUCUGCGGGUCAACCUGGAUGUCAGACGUACCUUGAGCAGACAUGCUGCCCUUAAACUGGAAGUAAAAAGAGGGAAAUCCCUAAGAUCAGACAGACCAGCGAAUGUGACUCUGGAUCCAGACACGGCUCAUCCCGAACUCGUCCUGUCUGAGGAUCGGAAAAGUGUGAGAUGGGGAGACACAUGGCAGGAUCUGCCCAACAACCCUGAGAGAUUUGACGCUGAUCCCUGUGUGCUGGGCUAUGAGGGAUUCAGCUCAGGGAUACAUUCAUGGGAGGUGGAGGUGGGGGAUGGAUUGUUCUGGGCUGUGGAGGUGGCUAGAGAGUCUGUGAAGAGGAAGGAAGGGGUCAGUUAUAACCCUGAGGGCGGGAUCUGGGCAGUGGAGCGGUGCUGGUGGGGUCAGUACCAGGCUCUUACCUCCCCUGUGACCCCGCUGCCCCUGAGCUGGGUCCCCAGGAGGAUCUGGGUUUCACUGGACUAUGAAUGGGGGCAGGUGACAUUUUUCGAUGCUGAUAACGAGAGCCUGAUCUUUACUUUCCCACCAGCAUCUUUCAAUGGGGAGAGACUCCGUCCCUGGUUCUCAGUGGGGUUGGAAACCCAGUUCAGACUGUGUCCCUGA